AUGUUCAAGCAGACGAUGAAGGAGAGGGACGCUCUCGCAGAGUGGUCCUCAAGGGACCAGGUCCAAGAGGUGCUACAAUGCUUUCAAGUCUUUGAUCGCCAGGGCACAGGCGUCCUCUCUAGGCAGAGUAUCCACAAGAUCAUGCGCAUGGGGGACCAAAGCUUCUCAGAGGAUCAGUUGGAGGACAUGCUCAAAAAUGUGCACUGCGACAGCCACGGGGACGUGAAGUACUUGGAUCUGGCGCUUUUCCUUCUGGGGCCUGAGCUAGAGGUGAAGGAGAAGCAUCUCAUCAUGGAGGCUUUAGUGGAGUACGGCAUAGACUCCGGCGAUUGGAGCUAUGACCUGUGCGAGGACGGUUCAAACCAGGCCAAGUUGCAACAGCUGUGCCGCUCCAUUUUGGAAACAAAGUGGAGCCAAGAAGAACCGGAGGCUCUGGAAGGCACCAUAGCUGGCAAAAUCUUGCAGUGCUGGAAGGACGGAAAAUCGGGCAAAGAGCUAUGGAAAGACAUUGCUGAGGAGCUUGAGUACGAUGAGAAGGUGAAACGGAGCUCCUGGAAGGAGAAGGAGAAUAUGGUCCAAGAAGAUCAAGACAAGUUAAAAUGCCUCGAAGAAGGCAUGUUGGUCAAGACCCAUGAUGACAAAGAGCUCAAGUUACAUGCCACUGACAUGCAAAAGCAGCAGCAGGGGGUCUUCAACAAAGGCAGAACUCCUCAGUGGACACUUCCUGCAGGUGAAGUAGCUGAAGUGACUCAAGUGCACCCUACGGGGUCCUUUCGUUUGCAACGUCAGGGAGGCGAUGAAAGCUUCUUGGCAGCGCCUUCCAUCGCUCGGCGCCUUUGUAUCGCAGAGAAUAAACAUCGCUUGAAUCCGCCGGAGAAAAUGUUGAUUGGAAAACCGAAGGAAUGGGCUGAUGAGCUCAAGAAGAAGUGGCCUGUUUUUGAUGACACCAACCUGAAACCAAUCACAAGAGACCAUGGUGGCCAAGAAUUGAAGGAAGCCAAGAUUGAGGCUCCUAGGCCUGACAAUUUGAAAUUGAUAUUCACAGCUCAAAGCAUGGACCAGAGGCCCAGGAGCCCUUAUCUUGGAAGAAGUCCCAUCAAGUACGCAUCAGAUCUACUUCUACUCCCUGCAGUUUGCGCACUUGUCAAGACAAUUAAGCCUGUGAAGAGAGAAGCAGCACAGGAACUGCUUGGAAAGAUCCAACGGCAGGAAAUCGAUAUGGGCGAGCCCGGCGUGGGAGGCUUUGCUUGGCAGUCUUUGGCAACGAAUGGUUUCCGAGCAGGCAACAUGGACAAAGCAAUCCUCAUAGCAUCGAUACCCGGUGCAGAUCAAGCCCUUUACAAUGAUGUCCUGUUCAUGUCGUUGAUGCAUGACUUUCACUUUGCCAUUACUUGGGAGCAGCAUUAUGGCAAUGUGUGGCUGGCCAACUGGUUGCGGGAGCUUCUUGUCGGUGUUGUUGGAGGUGCUAAGCCCAUUGUCAUCACUGGGGCCAAACAAAAGGAUGAAACAGGCAAGGAAGGCCUGCACAAAGGGGCAAUCGGCUAUGCGCAGACGUCGGAGGUGUUCCUUUGCUUGGCCUUGGGUAUUGACUUUGAGGUGGUGUUUGUCAAGGACCUGUUCGAUGCAUUUCGUCCUUUAGUCAGUCUUGCCAAGAAGAAGGACUGGGAACAGCUGGAAAAGAGCCUUAAAGAGUUUGAACCAGGCUAUCUCCAGGAGUGUCUCCGUCACACAGAUGCUGCGGGCAAGAGUGCGCUCUUUACGCUAAUCCGAGAGGCUGCACGGCCAGAUGGAAAAUUCAAGAGAGCAAAUGAGAUCGAUCCCCACAAGAUUGUGAAGAAGCUUCUGGACAACAGUGCUGAUCCAGCUCAAUCGGAUUUCUAUGGCUGGAACUCUUUGCAUCUUGCUGCGCGCUUCAGCACCCCCAAAACCAUCGAGGUUUUGGUCCAGUGCCAGCCUGAGCUCUUGAAUAAGAAGGACGCAAAGGGCCGUUCUCCCUUGUACAGAGCCAUCAAGCAUCAAAACAAGGUUGCAGCCGAGAAGUUGAAAGAAUUGGGAGCCACUAUGGAUGGGACAGAACAAGAUAGCCUGCUCUUGGCGAGAGGUGGCGGGGACAGCCUCCCGGCGCUGGUGUUUACCUACUAUGAGAGUUCUACCUGCUUCCUGAGCAUGCGAAAGGCCUUUAAAGCCACAGGGGCCUCGGUCCCGGGUGGCAUUGCAUACGAUGCUGUGAUGGCGAAGCUGAAAGCCGAAGGUGAAGGAGGUGCCGACAUGUGCCGGGGGGUCACGCCAGGUCGUAGUCGCAGCGUUCCACCGCGCACCACGCAGCGGAGCCACGAGGAUCUCGAGAAGGUGGACUAUGCCACCUCCUUGUUGGCCCGCGUGGCCGAAUCCUUCUCUUGGCCUGUGACGCAGACGGAGACGCUGGGGAGCCUUGGGCAUCCGGAGAUUUGCGGCAAUCCCUGCAUCCGUUUCUACUACGGGAGCUGCAAGAAGGGCAUGGACUGUCAGUUCUGCCACUUGGAGCACGAGACCUCCAAGAAGAAGCUGGACAAAAUGCAGCGGCUUUGCUUUGAGUCCAUGUCCGAGCCACAGAUCCUGUCAAUGCUGCUGAGCCACAUGGAAAUGCGAUGCCGGAAGCAAAAUCUCACCGAACGGAUGAUCCUGGUCUUGUCCUGCAUGCGCCGGCGUUUGAAGGCCCUUCCGAAGCACGAGCGCGUGACAGCUGAGAUGUCAGCCAUCUUGUCCAAAAGCUUGAAGAAGCUCACUUUGGGGCGCUUGCUGGACCUGGUGAAGCAAAGCCGCAACGUCUGUGACGCAUUCAAAACGGAGCUGACCGCCGUCGCGCACCAUGCUGCAGGACGUUCCAUCCACGGUCCAGUUUGA